AGUAUGCCGUCACCCUGGGGGUACAGGUGUACCAAUGGCAGGUGUGUGAAACAUCUCAACACAGGUGUGACAGGUUUGGUCACUCUUAACCAGUGUAAAUUGACGUGUGGACCAUUUGGAGUGCUGUGGCCGCGGCCCCAGACCGCUAGUAUUGGCACUGAAGUGGUCCAGUUCCUGCCCAGGAAUGUGGCCCUCGUCUCCAAGGUGCCGGAACAAGUGGAGACUCUGAUAAAAGAGGCCUUUGACCUCUUUAAGGACAAUUUAGAGAAAUACCAUCCGUAUUACGUGGCGGGGGUCGGUGCCCCCUGGAGUGUGCCCUGGGAGCCAUCUAGUGCCACACAUACCCUCCAGGUGGUCAUCAAGGUCCGGGGACUAGAGUCCUAUCUGACCUUGCAGACGGAUGAGUCGUACCAGCUGCAGUUGGUCACUGUAGGGCAGGUGACCACGGCCACCAUCAGUGCCCAAAACUUCUUCGGGGCCCGCCAUGGUCUGGAGACCAUUCUUCAGCUGGUGGACUACCAUGAGAUCUGUGAUACCCUGAUGGUAGUGACCUCAGCUUCCAUCUACGACUCACCGGUCUUCAAGUACCGAGGUCUCCUGUUGGAUACCUCAAGGAACUUCUUUAGCAUUGCCUCCAUUAAGCGGACCAUCGAUGCCAUGAGUGCCAACAAGCUAAACACCUUCCACUGGCACCUUACUGACUCUCAUUCCUUCCCUCUCUACCUGAAGAGCCUACCUAACAUGGCCUACUACGGGGCCUACUCCUCUAGGCAAAUUUACCACCCGAAGGAAGUCAAGGAGGUGGUCCAGUAUGGUCGAGUACGGGGCAUCAGGGUACUGCCUGAGUUCGAUGCCCCUGCCCACGUUGGUAACGGUUGGCAGUGGACAGAGCAACAGGGAUUGGGCAAGUUGGCACUCUGCGUUAACAGGGAACCCUGGCAGUCUUACUGUGUUGAACCUCCGUGUGGCCAGUUGAACCUGGCCAACCCCAACAUCUACCUGGUACUUGGACAGAUAUACCAGGAGAUAGCCAAGCUCUUCACUCCUCUGGACCUCUUCCAUUAUGGUGGGGAUGAGGUUAACUUGAACUGCUGGAACACAACGACGGAGAUGACUCUGGAAAAGUCUAACAGCCGAAACCCUCGCGCUGAGUACUACCGUCAGUAGGUCUUCCAGGAGAAGUAG